GAAGAAGAAAAACACAGAAAAAAAAUCAAUUUUGCAAAAGCAAAUAAACAAAACAUUGCAAAAUUAGAGGAUUUGUGCAGCUUUUGAUAAGUAUCCAAUUGUCCACCGUAAUCUGCUGCUGCUUACCCGGUUAGUGGUAAUAUUGUGUUCAAUAAAAAUAAAAAUACAACUGCGCAGUUACUGCGUGUGUGUGCGUGCAAAGGCAAUUGGACCCAUUCCAGGAAGUAGUGCUCAGUAUUUGCACAACUGGUGCCACAUGAAGGUGUAGUUUAAAUCUAAUUAGUCUAAACAGAUACAAAAGUAAGGUUGCUGAAAACAAGUUCGCAAAAGUCCACGUGCAUCAUGAGAGAAAGAGGUUAUGAAGCCAGGAGGCUGAAAGUGUUGGCCGUCUGCAUGCUACUAGCUGUGUCCUGCCUACUGCCGAAGGCCGAAGCAUUGAAGACAAAGAGUCGCAGCAAAAGUUCUUCCUCGUCUUCGUCGUCGGGACGCAAACCUAGCUCCACCAGCUACAGCAAUCCGGGCAGUCUAAGCUACAACAAUUACCAAGCGAAACCAGCACCAAAACCGGCCCCGAAACCGUCCGCCCCGGUCGAUACCUCGAACCAGCGCAACAUCGGAUGGAACGUGAACAAUCAGGCCAAACCGGCCGGGUCCGUUGCGCAGCCAGCUGCCAAUAAGCCACCCUACCCGGUACAAUCGAAUGCUGCUAAACCUCCAUAUCCGGUGCAAGCGACACACAGCAACACACAUCAGACGCAUUCGGCUCCGGGAGCUCCUCCGCCACCGUACUCCCACGGCCCACCGCCACCCUACUCGGCCGCGAACAAUCCCAACAUGAACUCACGCUUCAAUGAUCCACCACCGAUGUACAGUCCGGGAAAUCAAGGCUUUAGACCGGGCCAGCCUGGUUUCGGUCAGCCAGGAUCGUACGGCCAGCCGGGAGGAUACGGACAACCGAUGAUGGGAGGAUAUGGAGGAGCUGGUGGGUAUCAUCCGCCAGCAUCCGGUUUCGGUGCACCCCAUGGCACAUUCCAGGGUGGUGGCUAUGCACCACCGGUAAACUAUGCGCCAGCACCAUCGUUCCCCAUUGCGGCCAUUCCGGUCGGAGCGUACAAACCGCAAAGCUCUGGCAUCGGUGUCGGCGGUAUUGCGGCUGGUAUUGGCACGGGUUUGCUGGCCGGUGCGGCUGGAUCGGCUCUGUACAACGCACUCCGCCCGGAAGACCGUGGCCGUUAUCGCGAUACCAACGGUGGAGUAACGAUCAUAAACAACGUUCCCGCUGCGCCAGCUGCUGGUGCUGCUCCGGUGGAAGGUGCCGCACCGGGACCGGUUCAAGCUUCCGGGGUUGCUGCUGUUCCGAACCCCGCGCCCCCAGCAACCGGUACCAACGGUCAGUCAUCGGUCCCACUAGCUCCAAUGCAAGGAGCGGGAGAAAAUUCGAAUCCCAUGGCUCAAACACCGGUGCAAACGGCACCCGCUGAAACAACCACAGUCGAUCCGAAUGCUAAGCAGUAUAUUCCACCACCGGGUCAGUAUUAUCCCGCCACCGGUCAGUACGUACCGCCGGGUGAAUAUGACCCAACCACCGGAAUCUUCACACCGGGCCGUUACAUACCGGAAACGAACGUUUUCCAGUCGGGAUUGUAUGAUCCACUGUCGCAAAUGUUUACUCCCGGGCGCUACGAUGCCUCCGGACAGUUUAUCCCGGAUCCGGAAAAUCCUCCACUAUCGCUGGCCCCUACCAAUGUGGCAGCUCAGCCGGAAACCGUUACACCAGCCGUGGCGUCUCAGUUUAAAACCACUAGCGGUGGCUCGAUGCAGAUGAUCUCGCUUCUAACAACCCUUGGAGCAUUGCUCCUGUCGGGAGGCAUGCGCUCGCUGAUCAUUCGCUUCUAAUUUUGGCUCUAGUCGUAAAUGUGUCGAUUAAAAAUCGAUUAAUGAAGUAUUUUAAGGCAGCAUUUCAGUUUCAAGUGUGUUACAAGAAGCACAUAAGUCUUUGGUGGCGGUCUGAUUUUAUUUAGUUUAUGGAAAAUGUUUUAAGCGAAACAUUUUGUAAGCGAAGAUUGCCAUACACUUACAGUGAAAUUCUAAGAAAAUGAUCCAUCACAUACACCGCUACAGCUACAGGGCAUUUAAGCAUUUUUUCAUGCACUGAAACCAUUUAAACAAGUUAACAGAUUGUAACGAUGAUUCUCGCUUCGGCCACAGCUGCAGCAGAGUAUUUUUAUAGUAAUCCUUCUCGAUAUGUGAUCUGUUCCGACUGCACUAGCUUUACUUUUUGAUAAAAGUAUCACGUGUGAUUUGCUUUUCGGUUUAAUUCUAAACGGGUAAUAUAAUUACUUCAAACAACCUGAGUCUUUUGUUAACAUAGCUAUUUUUAAAUUGAAAACAAUAUUUAAAAGUCAGAGGAAAGUGUGCUAGAAAUAGUCUUGCCCACGAUCGUAACAGCUACAGGCAACAGUGUCUAGAUAGCUGCAGCAUACUUGCUAGAUGUCUUAAUGUUUUAGGUCUCGCCAGACGCUAAAAUUCUUCCUGCCUGGAAACUUCUCACUAACGACCAUCCUCUAUACACAUCUCAUGCUCUCUCUCUCUCUCAUAGUAACAUGUAGAGGAUAAUGUAAAGUCAGUGUAUACUACCGAAUGUUCUCCUGUUUUCCCUGAAUGACGCCAAACCACUCUAUUUACCUAACCGGUGCGUACCUUUUUACCUGUGCUAUAUUUUACUUCAGAAAUGUCGUGUCUUAAUGUUUGUAGCGAUUUAAACCGAACCAACCAUAAGGAGUAGCGAUAUUGAGUACACUGUAGUAGGGUAAAACUUUUACACCAUGGUAGACUGUAAGCUGUACCUUGUAACCGGAUACUAUACCGAUGUUCUUGUACUUCUGUGUCGCCAAAUUUAAGGUAGAUUUGUAUCCAUUUUUUCGUCUUUAUCUCAACCGAUGUUGUGGAAAAAAAGUGUAAAAUUAUACCUAUCAUAAUCCUCACGUAGUAAUGCAUUCAUUUGGUCCGUCAAUAUAAUAGGGUGGAUUUAGUGGACAGAAAAAUGAGGCAGAAUGAACUAAGGCAAUAUGGUUUGGAUUUUUUUUAAAUUAGCGCAAGCAACGCUUCCAGUGGCGCACCCGUGCAAUUCACCAUUAGGAUGUAGAUUUGUAUUCCAGGCAAAGACCAGAUUUAAAACGCUUUUUAAAAUGUUAUUAGAAGAGAAAGAUUUUAUGCUAACAUGCAUGCCAUGUUUUUUUUUUUGAAUGCAAGCACCUUGUUUACUCAUCACAGUGAGACAAUGCAACAAUAAAAUAAAUAUUAACACCAGAA